GACUGAGAGUAACAGAGGAUGUGCAGAGGUUUCUGUGAUAGGGGGGCCACCUGAGAGACUCCCACCCAGCUCAACUAUAAAAGACUCGGCAGACCAAGAAGGGACCAUGAAACCGCUCCAGGAAGCCAAGGAGGAGAAGCACACCAAGAAAUCUACGCACUUUACAUCCCACCUCCUAGACGCUCGCCAGACAGGAGUGCAGAAAGUCAAACAAUGAAAAGCGCCCACUCUUUGGCUGGACUCCUGCUCCUGAUCAUCGUUCAAAGCAGCUGGCAGGUCCCUGACCAGGACACAGAGAGAAGCUCUAUUCUAUCAGCAGAAAACUCCUUGUUCAACGAACCCAAUGAGCUCCCAAACAUGAAGAGACACUCAGAGGGAACUUUUUCCAAUGACUACAGUAAAUACCUGGAGACAAGGAGAGCACAAGACUUUGUGCAAUGGCUAAAGAACUCAAAAAGAAAUGGUGGUUUCAUUAGACGCCAUGCGGACGGCACCUACACCAGUGAUGUGAGCUCCUACCUGCAGGACGAGGCAGCAAAGGAGUUUGUGUCCUGGCUGAAGACUGGCCGAGGCAGACGAGAGUAACCAAAGGCCGCCACCAUCUCUCGACACCUCAAAAUAAAGCAACAAGUCAUCAGAUUUCACACUGCCUUUGUGCCAUUAUCUGUUUUACAACUUGUGCUACACUUUUCCUUGGUCAUUAAACCCCCCUCGUAAGAAUCUCUUUGUUGGUCCUCAGUGGUUAAAGGAAGUAUUGUCGUCACAAGGCAAAAAAAAAAAAAAAAAAAAGCUGAAAUGUGCACAACCUAUCAGUGCUGUGUGACGUAUCACCAAGGAUUCAGAAUGGUGUUACCAUGAUUUGUUUUUUCCCAUUUCACAUCUUGGUAUUUUUAUCUUCCAUCACACCUAAAUAUGUAACCUUCAGCAAUUGAUCUGUGUCUGCAACUUGGAUGGUUACUUCUGUAGAUAGUCGGUAUCUUUCCUAUUAUUCAUAUCAAGCCAG